UAAACAGAAAGAUACCCAGAGGCGAGGGGAGAGAGAGAGAGAAUUUGGUGUAUUUCUUGGGUCUAUAGGUGGGCUUUGGAGGGGGUGUUUGGGGAGCGAGAAAACGAGAGAAAAUAUUCUAGAGAGAGAGAGAAGAUGGGGAGAGGUAGGGUUCAGCUGAAGAGGAUAGAGAACAAGAUCAAUAGGCAAGUUACUUUCUCUAAGAGAAGAUCUGGUUUGCUUAAGAAAGCCCACGAGAUUUCUGUUCUCUGCGAUGCCGAGGUUGCUCUCAUCGUCUUCUCUUCCAAAGGAAAGCUCUUCGAGUUUUCCACUGAUUCUUGCAUGGAGAGAAUCCUUGAGCGCUAUGACCGAUACUUGUACUCGGACAAACAACUCGUCGGACGCGACAUUUCACAGAGCGAAAAUUGGGUUCUGGAACAUGCAAAGCUCAAGGCAAGAGUGGAGGUCCUUGAGAGGAACAAAAAGAACUUCAUGGGAGAAGAACUCGAUUCUCUGAGCUUGAAGGAGCUUCAAAGUUUGGAGGUGCAGCUGGAUGCUGCCAUCAAGAGUAUCAGGUCAAGGAAGAACCAAGUCAUGUUCGAAUCCAUAUCUCAGCUUCAGAAGAAGGACAAGGCCCUGCGAGAGCAAAAUAACCAGCUUCUCAAAAAGAUUAAGGAGAGAGGGACGAUAAUGGCUCGUGAAGAUCAGCCUCAAUUCCAAGCCUCCAACUCUUCCUCUACUCUUCCCACUCCAUACUCAACCUCCAACAGAAAUGGUUUCGCGGAGAGAGUCGACGGCGCAAACCCAGGCAACCCCCCGUCUUUGAAUGAACCCAAUCCCCUUUUUCCUGCUUGGAUGAUUCGUCCCACCAACGAAUAACAAUAUAUAUAUAUAUAGAAUCAUAUCGUUUUAUACACACAAUGUGUCAGUUAUGGGUUCAUAAUCUCCAUGGUCUAACAGUUUUGGCAAAUAUUGGUCAUUGAUGUUUGAUAAUUUCUGAUGCUGGCUUAUAUAUAUGCCGAUCGAGGAUAUGUACGGACAAGAAGGAUAUAUAUUGAUGCUCCCUUAAGUCGUCACCAU